UCUCUUGUCCCUCGCAUCUUUUUCCCUCUGAUAAAUAAAAUCUUACUAUCCAUUACGCCUUUUAAAUACAUUCAAUUGAAUCAUUAACAGUAAUUGUAUAGAGAGACAGAGAGGGAGAAAGCAGAAAAAGAGGGCCUUUUACGCCCUCUCUUCUUGUUAUGCCUCCUCUCAGAUCUUAGAUUCUCCCAGUUUUUCUUUUUCUUUGGUAAAUUUUCCAUAAUAAAAGCUUCACUUUCGAUUUUCUGUUGCAUAGCUUCUGGGUUUUGGAUCCUGUAAUCAUUCCUUGUCAAUUUUGAUAUUCUUCUUAUUGUUUCUUAGGAAUUCUGAUCUCUGAUUGAUCCAUUUUUGAUCGGUGGAAGGUCUUUUAUGCCUUUGGAUUAAAUCCAAGAGUGCCCAUUUCGUAAAUACCUGUAAAUAUCCAAGCUUUGUUUUAUUUCUUUUGAGGAGUUGUUAUCAGAAAUGGAAAUGGAGCUUGGAAAGUUAUUCAUUGGUGGGAUUUCAUGGGACACAAAUGAAGACCGUCUUAGACAGUAUUUUCAGUCUUUUGGUGAAGUUGUGGAGGCUGUGAUAAUGAAGGAUCGGGCUACUGGUCGUGCCCGUGGCUUCGGAUUUGUUGUUUUUGCAGACCCUUCUGUUGCUGAAAGAGUUGUGAUGCAAAAGCAUCUCAUAGACGGUAGAAAUGUUGAAGCAAAGAAGGCAGUUCCUAGGGAGGAUCAAAACAUUCUGAAUAGAAACAGCGGCAGCAGCAUACAUGGUUCACCUGGUCCAGCUUGUACAAAGAAGAUAUUUGUAGGAGGUUUAGCAUCUACAGUCACAGAGACGGACUUUAAGAAGUACUUUGAUCAGUUUGGGGUAAUUACGGAUGUUGUGGUUAUGUAUGACCACAAUACUCAAAGGCCAAGGGGUUUUGGUUUUAUUACUUAUGAUUCAGAGGAAGCAGUAGAUAAAGUGUUGCACAAAACCUUUCAUGAACUCAAUGGUAAAAUGGUUGAGGUCAAGCGGGCUGUUCCCAAAGAAUUAUCACCAGGUCCAACUCGGAGCCAGUUAAGUGGAUUUAGUUAUGGUCCAAGUAGAAUUGGUAGCUUCCUGAAUGGUUACACUCAGACUCAGGGAUACAUGACAAACUCAACUGGAGGACUUGGUGUUAGAAUGGAUGGUAGGUUUAGUCCUGUUACUGUUGGUCGUAGUAACUUUUCUCCGUUUGGUCCUGGUUUUGGGAUGGGGCUGAAUUUUGAGCAGGUGUUGAGUCCUAGUUAUGGUGGAAAUUUAAACCUAAGUUCUAACUUUGGCUAUGGAAGAUUGAGUCCUUCAUAUAGUGGAAAUUCAAGCAGGUAUGAUAGCCCUAUUGGAUACAAUGGAGUCAAUGGUGGAAAUAGUUCUGCCUUAAAUUUGACAGCUCGAACUUUGUGGGGUGAUGGAAGCAUUAAUCAUGCUUCAAACUCCACAAAUUCUAGUACUUUUAUGGGCUUUGGAACUGGGAAUUCAAGAGUGGGUUCUUUCGGGAAUAUUGGAGGAGUCUGGGCUUCCUCAGCUAAUUCUGGACAAGGUGAAGGUGGUGGCUCUGGCUAUAGCAGUGGCAAUCUUAGCUACAAUAGUGGAGAUUUCAGUGUUGGCCUUGGACGGGUAGGGUAUGGAAGAAACAGUAGGACACGUCCUGCACCAGUUUCAUCUCAUGCUGCAUCAUAUGAUUAUGGUGGACCUUAUGCAGACAUUUAUGAUAAUGGUCCACUGUAUGGGCAAUCUGCAUUGCAAUAUUCACCUUUAGAGGUAGAGGGUUCUGGCUCAUUUGGCUUUGGGCUUGGAAAUGCAGCUACUGAUGUUGUGACUAAAAACUCUUCUGGUUAUGUUGGUGGCUAUAGUGUUGCCAAUAGAUAAGAAAAUAGAGGAAUUGCUGCUUAGGAUGAUCAAGAUGUGAAUGUCAAGAGCUUGUUGUAGGUGAAGUAUAUCUGAUUAAGUGAAUUUUGUACACUUUCCUUGCCCUGAUGUUUCAGCUUAUAUGAGAACUUGAUUAGAGCUAAUCGGUUUGCCUGUUUUAAUGAAUUUAUGGUAGAGUGCAAUCACAAGGAAUUCUGUGUAAAGGUUUGAGCUUUGAGGUUUUUAUGGUAUAGGUUUUUCUUCCUUGGAAUUUGAUUAUGAUGUAAAAUCAGUUCGCCGGUAUACGCGGAAUUACUGUAUCAUGCAUCUCUGGUGACACAGUGAUACAAAAGAGAAUGAACAUUUUCUUUUUUUUAUAAAUCCCCCUCCCCGCCACGCUAUUUCGGGUUCUUUUUUUUUUUUCUUUCUCAUUUCUGUGAUAUCCAGCAAAUUGCUGGUUCUUGUCAAGUAUGUUGUUUUUGUUAUAAUAUCCCUUUAUUAGUUUUUUCUUUUCAACAGAUUGUAAAAGAUUCUUGUUUGAUUUGCUAGUUUGAAACUCGAGGGUGGUCAUCCAGCCUCCAAAUGAAUAACCAAAUAACAAGUUGCUCUAUGGUGAUUCAUUCA